AUUGUUACCAACUCGCCGCGCCACAGCUCGUCCUUCGAUACCAUAUUCGAUCAAGCGUUAAUGGUAGUUGUUAGUAACGGUAGAAAAACCUACAGAUCAAGGUCUUUAAAAUACCACAAUGGAAAAGGAAAACAUGCAGAGCAUUCCAGUUUGGUCGCGAUACCAUCCUGUGAUACCCCAGAGAUAUGUACCCGCCUGGACUCAAGACAUGGAAAACAGAACUCUAAUCCUUGAGAACACCAACGCGACAAAGUAUCCUUGUGGGCCUCAUGAUACAAGUAUCUAUUUAUGUCGCAGAGAGCGAUUGAACAAUGUGGAGCCAUCAGCUAUGGUCAACAGCAAGUCCAUAAAGGUCCCACGAGAAAGACUUUUACGACCGUGGUUUCACUCUCCACUUUCAAGAUUCCAGAGUAGUUUGAUGUUUAGAAAGGCUUAGUUGUGUGUGAGGGACAGUAUACAUUAGCAAGGAGAGGAAUGGUUUGGGGAUGGGCCAUUGAUUUCACUUUCAAGAUUCCAGAGUAGUUUGAUGUUUAAAAAGGAUUAGCAGUUAGUGAAAAAAUCAAGACAUGCAGUAGCAAAAGGGAGGGGGGAGAGGCUACAUUUAUUUUAAUUAAGUCGAAUUUUUUCUGAGUCUUUCAAUUUGCAGCUGCAUUAGUUGCUUCAUAUACUGCGAGGAUCAACUCAAUUUAAUACAUUACAACCGCAUUACAAAUAUUGAUUUCAUAUAUAUUCUCUCAUAACAACAACAAAACGUUCCAAACCUAACAUUUGGUUUACAAUUCAGAUUCAUUGCAAAGCUUCAUGGAGAUUAUGAGCUUAUUCAAAGAUGUAAUUGUGACCAAUAAAAACUACUUUAGUGUG